UGGUUAAUUCUCUGGACUAUUGCUGCAGACGCCACCACCAGGAGCUAAUGUGCAGCAACGUCCGUCCAUUUCAACGACACCACGAAACGGAUUGUAACAUUAUCCACUACCCAAAGGAACUCUUUUUCUAACAGUGCCAUCAGCUGCUUCAAGGACUCCAGAUGAGAAUGCCUCCCCCAAUGCGUCAUCGCUCCAUGAGAGUCUUCAUGAAUGAUGACCGCCAUGUGAUGGCUAAACACUCAGCCAUUUACCCCACACAGGAAGAACUGGAGGGUGUCCAGAACAUGAUCUCUCACACAGAAAGGGCCCUCAAAGCUGUGUCUGACUGGCUGGACAAAGAGGAGAAGGGAUGCUCUGAUGGAGCUGACCCUGAGAAGGAAAGUGACCACAAAGAACUGGUGUCACGCUCUCUGCGAGGUGUCAUGCGGGUGGGGUUGGUAGCCAAAGGGCUACUCCUUAAGGGAGACCUAGACCUUGAGCUAGUGCUGCUCUGUAAAGACAAACCUACCAUAUCCUUGCUUAAGAAAGUUGCUGACAAUCUAGUUACUCAAUUGAAGCUGAUUACAGAAGACAAAUAUGUGGUGAGCCCUCAGAUCCGUGAGGCCAGUAUUGUGAUUAAAAACACCAAGGAGGUGCCCCUGACCCUCACCAUUCACCUGACGUCUCCGGUGGUGCGUGAGGAGAUGGAGCGAGCGGCUGCAGGAGAAACGCUUUCAGUCAACGAUCCUCCGGAUGUUCUGGACAGGCACAAAUGCCUGGCUGCCUUGGCUUCUCUUCGCCACGCUAAGUGGUUCCAGGCCCGGGCCAAUGGGUUGCGCUCGUGUGUCAUUGUCAUUCGUAUUCUGAGGGACCUUUGUGCCCGCGUGCCCACAUGGGCUCCCCUGCGUGGAUGGCCACUGGAGUUGAUCUGUGAGAAAGCCAUUGGCACAGGGAAUCGGCCGAUGGGAGCGGGAGAAGCGCUACGCAGAGUUCUGGAGUGUCUCGCCUCAGGAAUCCUUAUGGCAGAUGGUGCUGGAAUCUCUGAUCCGUGUGAGAAGGAGCCAACUGAUGCAAUUGGGCACUUGGACUGUCAGCAGAGAGAGGACAUCACACAGAGCGCUCAACAUGCCUUAAGGUUGUCCGCUUUUGGACAGCUGCACAAAGUUCUUGGGAUGGACCCUCUUCCCUCCAAAAUGCCUAAGAAACCAAGAACGGAGACUCCCAUAGAUUACACAGUUCAAAUCCCACCCAGCCACAUUGAUACCCACCAAUACACCCCUCCAAUGAAAAGGCCUAUAGAGGAAGAAGAUGGUACUGAUGACAAGAGUCCUAAUAAGAAGAAGAAAAAGCUCCAAAAGAAAUCUCCAGAGGAGAAGACUGAGCCCCCACAGACUAUGAAUGCUCUGAUGAGGCUGAACCAGCUGAAGCCAGGCCUGCUCUACAAACUAGUGUCUCAGACCGGACCUGUGCAUGUCCCAGUAUUCACUAUGGCUGUGGAAGUGGAAGGCAAGACUUUUGAGGCUUCUGGUCCAUCCAAACGCACUGCCAAACUCCAUGUAGCCGUUAAGGUGCUACAAGACAUGGGUCUACCUACAGGUGUGGAACUGAAGACGGCUGAACCUGUGAAAUCUGAAGAAAAUGAAGUAACAGUGGAAGAUUUGAAGCCCAUAGAACACUCAAUAGACACCUCUGACACAGGAGCAGCCCACGCAGAGAUAAAUGAUGCUGCAGAGACUGCUCGCCAACAGGGACCGAUCUUGACCAAGCAUGGGAAGAAUCCAGUGAUGGAGCUGAACGAGAAGCGUCGUGGCCUGAAGUAUGAGCUGAUCUCUGAGACUGGAGGCAGCCAUGACAAGCGCUUUGUCAUGGAGGUGGAGAUUGACGGACAGAAGUUCCAGGGAACAGGCUCCAACAAGAAAGUGGCUAAGGCCUAUGCCGCCCUGGCUGCUCUGGAGCAGCUUUUCCCUGAGGGUUCUUAUCCUGACGCUGCUAAAAAGAAGAAAGGACCACCCAUGCACUCAGGCUUUGGCAUGAUGGGAGCAGGAGACAGUGCCACGCCCCGGGGAAGAGGAAGGGGUCGUGGAAGAGGACGAGGAUACAACAAUGGAGGAGGUUAUGGGCAAGGAGGUGGGUUUGGAACCUACGGUUAUGGUAACAACUCUACCUCCGGAUACAGUGACUUUGUCUCAGACUGUGAUGGGUUCCACGAGUUUGCAAAAUAGAGCUUCCACUCUUAGACAUUUUCAAAGAAAUUUCACCAGAAAAAAUUUAUGUCCUGACAACGCCAUCCUUCAAGUUCUUACACCUGGAACAGUGACCAUCUGCCCUUCCACCCCACCUUUCAUGUACUUGGACACCACCAGAGGAAGUGCAUGUUCUGUCUGUGGACUCUUAAAACUACAGGGCUCAUCUUAUGUCCUUGUUGGACCAGAACAGGACAUUUUAAUGGAUUGCCUGGAUGAGAUGAAGGUCUAUGGGAUAUGAUCCAUUGGCCACAAUCUCUGCACUCAACUGUGUCCGUUUUCCAUUCUGUUCAAGUCUUUUAUUUGAUUUUUAAAAUGUUCUCUUGCAUUCAAAGCAACUGCUCUUUUUAUAUGAGAUCAGAAAAAAUAGCUGUUUACACCAGAAAUCAAAUGAGUGUUGCCUUUCAAAGUAUGGAUUUUUUAUUUUGCUGUUCUAUAGUUUAAGUUAUUUUUGUUUCCUAUAACAAAGCUCCGUGUUUAGCAUUACUGGCUGUACCAAUACAGAUGCAUGCUGAGACCCAUAUAUGCCACGUGCCAAUCUAAACAUUCAUUUGGAAACAAACUUUGUUAUAGAAUACUGAAGCUGGCUUUUAAAGCAGAAUUGUAUGAUGACAUUUUGUGGCAACUAAGGUAAUGUUAAACUCACUAUAGAUUAAUUAAAUACAAUGUAAAUGCUAAUGACUUAAUAUUUGGGUGUUUUUUAAAACUAAGUACAUGUGGGGCACUCUUGAGAAUACAGACUCCUGAAAAUUACAGGGAUGGCUUCACUCAAUUAAAAGUGGUUAUAUGUAUGUUUUUUUAUGUAAUAAAGGCCACUGUUACUAUUUCCUAC